CGAGAGACUGACAGGGCUAGGACCGCGCUGCGCUGGAGAACUCGCUUUGGGAAGUACUAGAAGUUCGUUUAGCGUGGACUUACGCGGCAGAGGCGCAUGGCACAGCCGGACUGGCACGACAGGAUAAUGCCGCUGCCGACUCUGCGUGACUUUUGAGAAAGAGAGAAGCAAGGAGACAUAGAGUUGGGGGAACGGAUACUCAUGGUUUGGUGUCAGGGUGCAAGUGCCGCCCGUGUCUCCUCUCCAAACGGUGCGCUCCCCGUGGCCGCGCUGCGCUCUCCGGGUCGAGAAAUGGGAUGCAGAAGCGCGCUGGGAUGCUGCCUGCUCGCGGCUCUCUCCUGUUUCCUCGUCCCCGGCUGCAGAGGCAACAUAACCGUGGCGGUGAUGCUCCCGGAUAACCACCUCAAGUACCCGUGGGCUCUGCCGCGCGUCUUCCCUGCCCUCCUCAUGGCGCACGAGGACCUGCACGGCAAACACAAGCUGCUGCUCGGCCGCUCCAUCAACAUCCUCAACUACAGCACCGAGGACCCCGCAGUCGGCUCCUGCGCCGAGAGCCGCGCGCAGGUCGUGGCCGUGGACGCAAAGAUUUACAUCCGCCCAGACGCUUUCUUCGGACCCGGGUGCGUGUACCCGCUCGCCUCCGUGGGACGUUUCGCAUCCCACUGGAAACUGCCCCUGGUCACGGCAGGGGGACCCGCGUAUGGGUUCGACAAGCGGGACGAGUACCGGACCAUAGUGCGCAGCGGGCCGUCCACCACAAAGCUGGGGGACUUUGCCAACGUCCUGCACUCGCACUUCAACUGGACGUCCCGGGCCGUGGUGAUCUUCCACGACCUGCGGCAGGACGACCGGCCGCACUACUUCCUCUCUGAGGGCAUUUUCCUGAACCUGAAGGAGGAGAUGAACAUCACAGUAGAGGCCCAGCCAUACGAGGACGACCACAAGUACUUCAAGGAUCUGAUUAAUUUUAUGAAGGACCGAGGACGAAUCGUCUACAUCUGUGGGCCCCUGCAUACGUUCCUGAACAUCAUGAAGCUGUUUCAGACCGAGAUCCAGGACCCAGAAAACUAUGCCAUUUUCUAUCUGGAUGUGUUUGCUGAGAGCUUGAAAAAUCGCAAACCAUGGGAAAACCAGGAGUCUGACUGGGCCAAUCCGAUCGAGGUCUUUAAGUCUGUUUUCAUCAUAACUUACCGGCCUCCUGACAACCCGGAAUACAAAGACUUUCAGAGGAGACUCCAUGCCAGAGCUCAGAAAGAUUUCGGUGUCCAUUUGGAACCAUCAUUGAUGGACUACAUCGCCGGCAGCUUCUAUGACGGUUUUGUGCUGUACGCAAUGGCCUUGGAGGAGACGUUGGCAGAUGGUGGAGCCCAGAAUGAUGGCAUAAACAUUACAAUGAGGACACAGAACCGUCACUUCUGGGGAGUCACCGGACUUGUUACCACAGAUGACAAAAAUGCCAGAAACAUAGAUGUCGACCUGUGGGCAAUGACCAACCAGGAGACGGGAGAGUACGGGAUUGUUGCUUACUACAAUGGAACCACCAAAGAUAUCAUUUGGUCACAGACAGAGAAGAUCCACUGGCCAAGUGGUGGCCCUCCGCUGGAUAACCCUCCUUGUGUCUUUUCCACAGACGACCCCUCUUGCAAUGAUGGUCAUCUGCCAGUUCUGGGUAUUGUAGCAGUGGGUUCCGGCUUAGCGCUCAUCAUUUUUGGAAUCUCCAGCUUCCUCAUUUACAGGAAACUGAAGCUGGAGAAGGAGCUGGCUGGAAUGCUGUGGAGGAUUCGUUGGGAGGACCUUCAGUUUGAGAGUCCCAAUAAAUACCACAAACGAGCUGGCAGCCGACUAACCCUCUCACAGAGAGGCUCCAGUUAUGGCUCCUUGAUAACUGCCCAUGGAAAAUAUCAGCUAUUUGCAAAAACGGGCUAUUUUAAGGGGAACCUGGUGGCCAUCAAGCACGUCAACAAGAAGAGGAUAGAGCUGACAAGACAAGUUCUGCUGGAGCUCAAACAUAUGAGAGACGUUCAGUUCAACCAUCUAACCAGGUUCAUCGGGGCCUGCAUCGACCCUCCCAACAUCUGCAUCGUAACGGAGUACUGUCCCAGAGGCAGCCUGCAGGACAUCUUGGAGAAUGAGAGCAUCAAUCUUGACUGGAUGUUCCGCUACUCUCUGAUCAAUGACAUAGUGAAGGGAAUGAAUUAUCUCCACAACAGCUACUUUGGCUGCCAUGGAAAUCUGAAGUCAUCUAAUUGCGUGGUGGACAGUCGAUUUGUUUUGAAAAUCACGGAUUAUGGCUUGGCCAGCUUCCGUUCGUCCUGUGAAAAUGAUGACUCGCAUGCACUCUACGCAAAGAAGCUUUGGACCGCUCCCGAGCUGCUCAUCUACGAUCGGCAUCCUCCACAAGGGACUCAGAAGGGUGAUGUGUACAGUUUUGGCAUCAUCCUGCAGGAAAUAGCCCUGAGGAAUGGACCUUUCUAUGUGGAAGGCAUGGACCUCAGCCCCAAAGAGAUCGUACAGAAGGUGAGGAACGGUCAGAAGCCGUACUUUCGGCCGACCACAGACAACAAAUGCCACUCGGAGGAGCUGACCAUACUGAUGGAGGGCUGCUGGGCCGAGGACCCUGCAGAGAGGCCUGACUUCGGCCACAUCAAGAUCUACAUGGCCAAACUCAACAAGGAGGGCAGCACCAGUAUUCUCAACAACCUGCUGUCCAGGAUGGAACAGUACGCCAAUAACCUUGAGAACCUGGUGGAGGAGCGAACGCAAGCCUACCUGGAGGAGAAACGGAAAGCCGAAAACCUCCUCUAUCAAAUUUUGCCACAUUCAGUAGCAGAGCAGCUAAAAAGAGGGGAGAUGGUGCAGGCAGAGGCCUUCGACAGCGUCACGAUUUACUUCAGCGACAUCGUGGGCUUCACGUCCAUGUCUGCCGAGAGCACGCCGCUACAGGUCGUCACAUUGCUCAAUGAUCUGUACACAUGUUUUGAUGCAAUCAUCGAUAACUUUGACGUGUACAAGGUGGAGACCAUUGGUGACGCCUACAUGGUGGUGUCCGGGCUGCCGGUGCGAAACGGGAAACUCCAUGCCAGAGAGAUCGCCGGGAUGUCGCUGGCCCUGCUCGAGCAGGUCAAAACGUUCAAGAUCCGACACAGACCCAACGACCAGCUGAGGCUCAGGAUAGGCAUACACACAGGUCCGGUGUGUGCUGGCGUGGUUGGGUUGAAAAUGCCCAGAUACUGUUUGUUUGGAGAUACUGUCAACACGGCAUCCCGGAUGGAGUCCAAUGGAGAGGCCUUAAAGAUUCACCUUUCCUCAGCCACCAAAGAAGUGCUGGAUGAGUUCGGUUACUUUGACCUCCAGUUACGGGGAGAUGUAGAAAUGAAGGGCAAAGGCAAAAUGAGAACGUAUUGGCUUCUUGGGGAGAAGACUGAUGUGUAUGUUAUCUGAGAGGCCUGCUGAUGAUGUGGCAGCAGCAGCAGAGGAGACGACAGCAGAAGCUCCAGUGGCCGAGCCACUACUUUAUUUGUUCUAGAAUAAGUCCUUAAUGGUGAUUUCCCUCCCUGCAGAGGAAAGAUCAACAACACCAUAAGACUAAAACGGAGGGAAUUCCAGGUAUAUUUAUUACCUGUAAACUGUAACUGCAAAAAAAAAGAAAAAAAAAUGUAAAAGUUGUUUUGUAUGAAGAAUUUCUGUCCUAAGAGUGCGUACUUUUCACUGAUAAAUUCUUAUUUUUUGUGCUUUCUAUAUUAAGAUUUGUAUACUGUGUUUGGAAGUCAGAUGUAUUUACUAGUUCCUUGAAACGUCCAUUGAAGUUUGGAGGCACAACGUUGCAAUCAAUGUCGCUGCAGGGUUUCAUCUACCAUGUAACACAAUACCAGAUAAUAUGUAUAUAUGUAUAUCCAAGAUACUGUAAAAUAUUUUGUUCAAUAAACUGAGGAAAACACUCUUUUUCCAUUUA